CAAUGGCGUAGCCUCCGCAAAUCAACUCGUGUGACCGCAUAAAUCGUUAAGCGUUGCUAUUGACUGGCGCAGCAGUAUAUUUUUUGAACCUGUGCUGCGUUGGGACUGAUUCGUUGCAAUAACCGCAUCGCUCAGCCAUAUUUGGCUGCAUCCACAGCCAAGAUGAGACUCACCGCGGGCCUGCUGCUCGCACAAUGUGCAACCGGUUUCCUCGCACCGACGAAACAGACGAGGCCACCCACGGCAAGAUCAUUAGACGUCCUCUCGGGGGACCACACGUUCCUCGAGGGCGUCGGCCUCGCAAUAGCCACGAAAAUCGCCAUCAACGAGGUGCGACGAAGAGUAGAAAAACCGGUCAUGGACGAAUUCGGGCGACGCGUCGCUUCCGGCCUCAAACCGGAGCCCGCCGACGUGACGGCGGAAGGCUGGGCCAAGCUCGUCGGGUGUUUACUUCUCGACCUCGCGGGUGACGCUUCCGAAUUGAUACCGGGGCUCGGUGAAUUGACGGAUGUGGUGUAUGCGCCCGUCGAGGCGGGGCUCCUCAAAGCAUUAUUUGCCUCGAACGCGAUCGCGGCUUUUGGGUUUGCGGAGGAGUUAUUACCCUUCACGGACAUCAUUCCCACGUUCACGUUGUCGUGGUGCUUGGCCAACCUGUGGCCGACGACGGGCCUGGCCAAGCAAUUGGUCCCAGAACUCGCGAAGAAGAACACGCUCCUCCCCGCGGGGCAGAAGUAAUACACUUAGGGGGGA